AUGGAAGAACAUCUAAACCCAUUAGCUGUGACUCAUCUUCUUCAACACACACUAAGAAGCUUAUGCAUCCACGAGAAUUCUCAAUGGGUUUAUGCUGUUUUCUGGAGAAUCUUGCCCAGAAACUAUCCUCCUCCCAAAUGGGAUGGUCAAGGUGCUUAUGAUAGAUCACGAGGGAACAGGAGAAACUGGAUUUUGGUUUGGGAAGAUGGGUUUUGCAAUUUUGCAGCUUCUGCCGGGGAAAUGAGCUCCGGUGAGUGUAGCGGAGGCUCGACGGCUUACGCAAAUAGUGAUUUUCAGCAAUACCAAGGACUUCAGCCUGAGUUGUUCUUCAAGAUGUCCCAUGAAAUCUACAAUUACGGAGAAGGGUUGAUAGGAAAAGUAGCUGCAGAUCACAGUCACAAGUGGAUUUACAAAGAACCUAAUGACCAAGAGAUUAACUUCUUAUCUGCUUGGCAUAAUUCUGCUGACUCAUACCCUAGGACAUGGGAAGCUCAGUUUCAGUCUGGCAUCAAAACCAUUGCCUUGAUUUCUGUACGUGAAGGUGUUGUCCAGUUAGGAGCUGUUAACAAGGUGAUAGAGGACUUAAGCUAUGUUGUGAUGCUACGAAAAAAGCUGAGCUAUAUAGAGAGUAUACCAGGAGUACUUCUUCCCCAUCCUUCUUCUUCUGGUUACCCUUUCAUGAACGCUUCUCCUUCUGACACGUGGCAUUUUCCCGGAGUGGCUCCUCCUCCUCCGCCACAGUCUGAGCACCACCAUCAACAGUUUUACCACUCUGACCACAACCACCGCUACUUGAUGGGCCACCACCACCACAACCAGCUACAGCCGGCAGGAGCGGUUGCACCGCCUCUGAUGAAGAUAACACCGUCGAUGAGUAGCCUGGAGGCGCUGCUGUCGAAGCUUCCCUCGGUGGUUCCUCCGGCGACGCAGCCAGUGUACUUCCCGUUUCACCAUGGUGCUAAAGAAGAAAUGAGUCAAGAAGAUCAAAACGACACGUUUAGGGUUGAACGUAAUGAUUUGGUUGGUGAGGGUAGUAAUAAUAAUAAUAACAACAAUAAUUACACUAGUAAUAAUGAUAUUUAUAGCUAUAAUAAUAAUUGCAGCAAUAAUAAUUACGAUAGAGAGAACAAGAUCGGUGGGUUUCUUAGUGAAGAGUAUUGA